AUGGGGAAUUCUCCAGCCUCGUCUUUCAUGGGCAGCUUCCUUACCAGCAGCCUGGGCUCGGCCGCCUCUGCGCACCCCAGCGGCCCCACCUCCGCCUCCUCGGAGCAGGCCUACCAUGGCCCCCAGCCGGCCCCCUCCCAGAUCUGGUUCCCCCACUCACACGAAGCUCCAGGGUACCCCAGAUUUUCGGGGAGUCUGGCAUCCACUUUCCUACCCAUGAGCCACUUGGAUCACCAUGGAAACAGCAAUGUCCUCUAUGGGCAGCAUCGUUUCUAUGGAGCCCAAAAAGAUAACUUCUACCUGCGCAACCUGCCCCCCCAGCCCACACUCCUGCCCGCCAACCACAGCUUCCCCGGUGUGGCCCGAGCUGCCUCCGGCCACCCUGUCGGCUCCUGCAGCCGCGAGCGGGGCGAGGCCGGCCCCCUGCCUAAGGGUUCCAAGGAGUUCGACCGCUUCAUCAUGGGCAAAGAGCUGGGCAAAGAGAAGGCUGGCAAGGCGGCCGAGGGCAGGGAGCGGCCGACGGCGGAGGAGGGUGGCGGCAAGGAGCGGCACAGGCUGGUGCUGCCCGUGGCAGCCGACAGGCACUGUCCAGACGGCGCUGUGCCCCGGGCAGCCUGUGAGGGCCGUGCCGAGCACCUGGCCGCCUGCCUUCUCAACACCAAGGUGCUCAACGGCGGCGUGGGCAAGGCUGCGCUGGCCAGCUGUGCUGGGGGCGUGCUGGUACGGCCCGGCGCAGGUCCGGCAGCCCCUGGGCGCUGCGCCAAGGAGGCGGCCGGCCCCCCAGAGCCAGGGCCGGCCUUCAGCGAGUGCCUGGAGCGGCGGCAGAUGCUACAUCACACCGUGUCCUACACAGUGCCCUCCGGCCUGCCUGCUGGGCCGCCCCCACCCCUCAGCACGGCCGCCAGCUCCUUCCCCUGCCUGCAGCUGCACGCCGGCCCUGACGGGCUCUGCCCCCUGCAGGACAAAGCCCCCCGGGACCUGAAGGCCAGCGGGCCCACCUUCGUGCCUUCCGUGGGACACCUGGCUGACAAGAGCCGCCCUUUUCAGGCUGCUGAGGCCUGUGCCGUGGCGGGUGAGGGCAAGGACCGGCACCUGGAGGGGGCCACCGACCACUCGACGCCCUACGGUGUCACCUAUGCCCAUGUGAAGGCCGAGGGCAAGGGCGAGCGGCGGCCGGGGGGCUUUGAGGCAGCCCUCAACCCCAUGCUCAAGGGCCUGGAGUACCUCAACAGUGCGGGCCCCGAGGCCCCUUUCCCCAGCCUCCCUAGAGGUGGCCUGGACAAAGGCGGCUACUUUGAGCUGCCCACCCCCGUGCAGGAGUGCGCCCACCCAAGUCAUCAAGACCCGCUGGGUGGGAAGAUAGGCCAGGCCUGCUGCACUUUAGAUAAAGCUGCCGGCAAGGAGGCUCCCUCGGGUGCCCCUGGGGCCCAGAAGGUGGCCCGCAUCCGGCACCAGCAGCACUUGGUGGCCCCUGAGGGAGACCCGGGGGGUAGCGGGGCCGAGGGCAAGCGCAAAUCCCUGGAGCUGGCGGCCCUAGGCUAUAGCGGGCCCCACCUGCCACCAUGGAGCAUGCAGGCUGGCCAGGGCACCACCAUGGCCGUCGGUGAGGAACGCAAGGGUGGCGCCUAUCUGGACCCCUUCAGUGGCAGCCUGCAGCCGGCGGCCCUCCUGUCCCAGGAGCUGCCUGCCCCGCCGGACGAAGUCUCAGCCAUGAAGAACCUGCUCAAGUACAGCAGCCAGGCCCUGGUGGUAGGCCAGAAGGCGCCCUUUGUGGGCCUGGGUGGCCUCAAGACCAGCUGCGUCCAGCAGGAAGCCAAGUUCCCAGCUCCUAAGGGGCUGGGCCAGGCCCCAGGCGAGGUGGAUAGGCCCGAUUGUGCUCGCAUCCGUGAGCAUGACACUCCACACGGCGACGGGGAGGUGCGGCAGCCGCCCGUGGGCAUUGCCGUGGCCCUGGCCCGGCAGAAGGACACCGUGAGCCGGCCUGAGAACGCCUACAGCGCCAGUGCUGGGCGGCAGGGCAGGGCAGCCCCUACCUUCAAAGCCGGUGGUGUCCCCCGCUCCAUGCAUGUCCUGGACCUGGAGGCUGAGGAGGAGCGGACGCGCCUGUGUGAGGACCGCCUGGGGCUGGCCGGCCGAGAGCUGCUGCUUCCGGAGAGUAAGGAGCUGGUGGAGUUUGCCCGGACGCACCCAUCGGGCGGCUGCCCCGGAGACCUGGGCCCCCACCUCAUGAUCGCCGGCGGCCCCUCCCUGCAGAACAGCCAACUGGGUGGGGACCCGGCCCCCCACCCUCACCCUGCGCACCCGCCCUGGCUGCCCCGCACCCGCAGCCCCUCCCUGUGGAUGGGGGGACAUUCCUACGGCCUCGGGCACCCUGCCCUGCACCAGAAUCUGCCCCCUGGCUUCCCUGCCUCGGUGCCCGGCCCCAUGCCCCCUGUCUUCCCCCUGUCCCAGGACGCCCCCGCCCAGCUCGUCAUCCUGCCGUCAGAGCCUGCACCCCACACCGCCCCCCAUGCACUUGCUGACGUCAUGGACCAGGCCUCGCUGUGGCCCCCCAUGUAUGGGGGCCGGGGCCCCGCCUCCCACAUGCAGCACCCUGGCCAGCUCCCCGUGUACUCACGCUCUCAGUUCCUGCGGCAGCAAGAGCUGUACGCCCUGCAACAGCAGCAGCAACAUCAGCAGCAGCAGCAGCAGCAGCAGCAACAUCAGCAGCAGCAACAUCAGCAGCAGCAACAUCACCAUCAGCAGCAGCAGCAGCGGGCUGCCCAGGCCCUGGAGUUGCAGCGGCAGGCCCAGUUCCAGCGGAAGCCAGAGGACCACCACCUGGAGCUGGAGGAGCCCAGCCCGGAGAAGGCCCUGAAGUCCACCCACAAGCCAGUUGCCUUAACCCCCACCGCCAAGGGCACCUCCCCACCUGCUACUGCGGGCCCCAAGCUCUCUCUCUGCUGCAACUCCCCCACCCCACAGCCCCCCGCUGCCUGCCCCACCCCACCGCCCCCACCACAGCCCGGCGCCCCAUGCACUUUAUCCAUCUGCCCUUCCAUCGGCACCCCCACCAGCAGCCCUGGGCCCGGCUCUAUGGUGUCAGGAGCCGAGGACAAGAGCGCGGAGGGCCAGCGGCCCCCGGAAGAACUCAAGGCCCUGGAACCAGCCCUGCACCCCGGAUACCCGUGCCCCCCGGCCUGUGUGGGCUUCUCCUCCCGCCCUGCCCACAUGCAUUCUUCUGACCUCGUGGACCCCGAAACUAUGCAAACCGCCACCCCCGGGGUGCAGCCCGAGCCGUUGAGGACAUUCCCGCCCGGGGAGCUGUCCCCCUGUGCCCCAGUGAGCCUGGAGGAGCCUGGGCUGCUCCCGGGGGCCAGGGAGACCCAGGACCUCGCUGCCACCCCCCACCCCGCCGAGCGGGGACCCGCGGGCAAGGCAGCGGAUCCCAGCCCACUCGAGGGGCUACAAGAACUGCGAUGCGGGGCCCUGGUCGAGGGAGGGGGCUCUGAGGCCACUGGCCAGGGUCAUUCUACUCAGGGAGGGGCGCCAGAGGAGAGGACCGCGGAGGGGGGCAGAGAAGAGAGGGCGCAAGGGCCCUCGACGGGGGCCGCCCCCCAGGCCCUGGAGCAGCAGGCGUGGAGCCCAGGCACCCAGGGUGAGGAUGAGGAGGGCGAGCUGGAGGAGGAGGAAGAGGACACGGGGGCAUGCUGGGGUGCUGGCCUGGAAGGUGGCUGCCUGCCCAGGGCACUACCCAGCCUGGACGCCCUCGUGGCUGCCACGAUCGACCUGGGGGACUUGCCUGGACUCAGCCCGCUGUACCCUCAGCCCCCAGCUGCCCCGGGGCCCCCCAGCUCCAGCCCCCUGCCCCGAAGCUCAGGGAUUCACGGGAUUGCGCUGCUCAGUGAGCUAGCCGACCUGGAGACCCAGCGGCAGAGGAGCGAGCACAUUCUGGGAGAGGAGGAGGAGGAUGUGCUGGCCUUCAAUUUGCAGCACCUGGCCACGCUGGCCACAGCCUGGUCCCUGGUAGAGGCUGCGGGCCUGGAGAGCCCUGCCCCCAUGGCCCCGGCCCCUGCUGCCGACCCCUGUGGCCGACCAGUGCUCACCCCCCGCAUGCAGAUCCUACAGCGCAAGGACACCUGGACCCCCAAAGCCAAGCCCGUGUGCCCACUCAAGGCGGCCAUCGAGCGGCUGGACACACAGGAGGUGGAGAUGCGUGUGCGGCUGGCUGAGCUGCAGCGGCGCUACAAGGAGAAGCAGCGGGAGCUGGCACGGCUGCAGCGCAGACACGACCAUGAGUAUGCGGCCCUCUGCAGGAGCCAGUGUAGGCAUAGUCUGACUGCCUCUCCCGUGGCCCCCAGGAGAGAUGACAGCUCGCGGAGCCCCGCUCGGAGAGGGCCCGGCCGGCCCCGGAAGCGGAAGCACUCCAGCUCUCUGCCCACCCUGCGCCCUGGGGGCCAGCUGGCCAGGAGUGACGGCAAGAAAGUCAGGGCCGUGCGAACCAGCCUGAGCCUGCUGUGUGCGGAGCUGCGCAGCACCGGGGAGCCACCCGAGAAAAGGAGCCGCCUGGACCGGGGUGUCUACGUGGGCCUGCAGGCCGCCCCUGCGGAGAAGGUGCAGUGCAAGAAGAACGUCCCCCAGGGCAAGCUGGCUGCCGCGGUGGCCCACAAGGUGGCCCAGCUAAAGCCGAAGGUCAAGAGCAAGGGGUUGCCCACCGGCCUCAGCCCCUUCCGGCGGAAGGAGGCCGCCCCAGGUGGGCGCAUCCACAAGAAGCUGUCCCGAGCCAAGAGCGCCAGGGUGGCGGGGACAACCCGGCCCCCACAGCCCGAGGGCGACAGCGGCAGGGAAAUGCCCAAGUUCCUGGGCAAGCCGGCAGGGACCACGGGGCAUGAGGCAGGCAAUGGCUCUGACAGCGAGGAGGGCGAGGGCCUCCUGGAGGCCGAGGCACUGCCCAAGGAGCCGGGGCUGGCGCUGCACGCGGGGGCCGGUGUGGCCGUGCUGGGGCCCUCGCCCUCUUCUGUGGUCAAGAUGGAGGCCAACCAGAAGGCCAAAAAGAAGAAGGAACGGCAGGGCCUGCUCGGUGCCUGCCGCCUGUCCAGCCCCGAGAGCGAGGUCAAGAUCAAGAGGCGGGCGGUGAAGGCAAAGGUGGGAGCUAAGCUGGAGCGGGCCCCGGGACGGAGGCCUCCUGGAGCUCCCGACAAGAAGAAAACCAAGGGCAAGGCCAGGGGCGGCCUGAGAGCAGAGCCAGGGGCUCCCACCACCAGGGAUGCCCUCUUCGGCCCUGCCCGAGCCUUCGCCUGCCGGGAGGAGGGCAGCAGGCUGGCCAGUGAGCGCCUCCAGAGAGCCACACGGAAGGCCUCCGUGCUGCAGCCAGUGCUUCGGCGGAAAAACGGGGCACUGUCUAUCACCCUAUCACCCCGCAACGCCAAGGCCAUCCUGGGCAAGGGCAGGAAGCUGGGCAAGGUGAAGAGCAAGACCGUCAGCAAGCAGGGCAAGGGCCGGGCGGUGAGCCGGCUGCUGGAGAGCUUUGCCGUGGAGGACAACUUCGAGUUUGAUGACAACAGCAGCUUCUCGGAGGAAGAGGAGGAAGAGGAGGAGGAGGAGGAAGCCAGCGGCCCCCUGAGCGCGGAGCAGAGCGCUGCCCUGGCCCGCUCGUGUGUCCUCCACAAGGAAGACCUGCAGGAUGGGUUACCAGUGCUCAUCCCCAAGGAGGACAGUCUGCUGUAUGCAGGCAGCGUCAGGACUCUGCAGCCCCCUGAUAUCUACAGCGUCGUCGUUGAGGGAGAGCGAGGCGACCGGCAGCGGAUCUACUCGCUGGAGCAGCUCCUGCAGGAGGCGGUCCUGGACGUCCGGCCCCAGUCCAGCCGGUACCUGCCGCCCGGCACGCGGGUCUGUGCCUACUGGAGCCAGAAGUCACGUUGUCUGUACCCGGGCAACGUGGUCCGAGGGGCCUCCAGUGACGAGGAGGACGACCUGGACUCUGUGGUGGUGGAGUUUGAUGAUGGGGACACAGGCCACAUUGCUGUCUCCAAUAUCCGGCUGCUGCCUCCAGACUUCAAGAUCCAGUGCACAGAGCCCUCCCCAGCCCUACUGGUGUCCAGCAGCUACCGGAGAAGCAAGAAAGCAUCCAGCGAGGCACCCCCGCCCAGUGAAACCCCUGCCCCCAGCCUGUCCCCCAAGGUGCAUGAUGGCCCCGAAGUCUCUAAGAGCCCCGGGAAGAAGUCCAUCGGCAAAGACAAAGCCGGCAAAGCCGACCUCCUAACCUCAGGUGCCAAACCCACCGCUGGAGCUGCGGAGCACUUCCUGGGCCGCCGGGCCGGCCCCCUGCUGAGCUGGUCCGCCGUCUCGCAGACCAAGCGGAAGGCAGCAGCGGCGGCAAGAGGGCCAGGAGCCCUCCAGAACCUCUUCCAGCUCAACGGCAGCGCCAAGAAGCUGCGCGCCCGCGAGGCACUGUUCCCUGUGCACAGCGUGACCGCGCCCGUGUUUGGCAAUGGCUUCCGUGCUGCCUCCUUCAGCAGCUUGGCCAGCUCUUAUGCGCCCUUUGGCGGCGGGACCGGCCCAGGCCUCCCGGGGGGUGCCCACAAGCUGCUGCGGUCCAAGAAGGCCGAGGCCGAGAAAGGCGGGCGGCGGCGGGCGGGCGGCGAGUUCCUGGUCAAGCUGGACCACGAAGGUGUAACCUCGCCCAAGAACAAGACCUGCAAGGCGCUGCUGAUGGGUGCCAAGGAGCUGGCACCCAAGCUGGGCCGGCCCCUGCCUACCCCCAGCUACACGCACCCGGCCCUGGUGGGCAAGGACAAGAAGGGGCGGGCACCCGUCCACCCGCUGCCCAUGGGGCUGGCACUGCGAAAGUACACGGCGGGCCAGGCCGAGUACCCGCUCCCUUGUGACAGCGACUGCCCUAGCUCCUACUCGGACGAGGACGAGGACAGCCCUGGGCUGGCGGCCGGCGUGCCCUCGCGCUUCCUCACCCGCCUGUCUGUGUCCUCGUCCUCGUCCGGCUCCUCCACCUCUUCGUCCUCAGGCUCCGUCUCCACCUCCAGCCUCUGCUCCUCUGACAACGAGGACUCAUCCUACAGCUCAGACGACGAGGACCCGGCCUUGCUGCUGCAGACUUGCCUCACCCACCCCGUGCCCACCCUCUUGGCCCAGCCCGACGCCCUGCGCCCCAAGGGGGGCAGCCCCCACGCGCACGCCCAGCGCUGCUUCCUCUCCCGGGCCACAGUGGGUGGGGGCGCCGGCGCUGGUCCCAGUGGCAGCAAAUCCAAGCUCAAGCGCAAGGAGGCCCUGAGCUUCGCCAAAGCCAAAGAGCUCUCCCGGAGGCAGCGGCUGCCGUCCGUGGAGAAUCGGCCAAAGAUCGCGGCCUUCCUGCCUGCCCGGCAGCUCUGGAAGUGGUCGGGGAACCCCACACAGAGGCGGGGCAUGAAGGGGAAGGCCAGGAAGCUGUUCUACAAGGCCAUCGUCCGGGGCAAGGAGACCCUGUGCGUUGGAGACUGCGCUGUCUUCCUGUCGGCCGGCCGCCCCAACCUGCCCUACAUUGGCCGCAUUGAGAGCAUGUGGGAGUCGUGGGGCAGCAACAUGGUGGUGAAGGUCAAGUGGUUCUACCACCCAGAGGAGACCAAGCUGGGGAAGCGGCAGAGUGAUGGCAAGAAUGCACUGUACCAGUCCUGCCAUGAGGACGAGAAUGACGUGCAGACCAUCUCCCACAAGUGCCAGGUAGUGGGGCGCGAGCAGUACGAGCAGAUGACCCGCAGCCGCAAGUACCAGGACCGGCAGGACCUCUACUACCUGGCGGGCACCUACGACCCCACCACCGGGCGGCUGGUGACCGCCGAUGGCGUGCCCAUCCUGUGCUGA